CAGAAAGCAGGACAGCACCAAAGGAGGGUUCACGGGCAGAGGAGAAGAGGAGAAGCCAUGUACAAGAAAAAGCUGAAAGGCAUGUAUGUAUCUAAGAAGGCGUUAAAGAAUCAUUUUGACCCCCGUAAUACUCCACGGGACACAUACCUACUAUGCAAACUGCAGUGGGGUGAGACCGGCACACCUUGGAUACACUGGGUCAGAAAGGAUCGUUACCAUGCUGAAGUCUACUUCCUGGAGAAGAUCUUUAAGAUGAAAAGAUCCAAUAAUUAUGUCAACUGUUCCAUCACCUGGUACUUGUCCUGGAGCCCCUGUGCAGACUGCUGCCAUAAAAUACUGAAAUUCUUAAAGAAGCAUUCAAAUGUGAACAUAGACAUACAUGUAGCACGGGUUUAUUACGCAGAAGAUGAAAAAGUCCGCCAAGGUCUGAAGAACCUUGUGAGCUUGGCAAAAGUAACCAUUGCUGUCAUGGAAACGAAAGACUAUACUGACUGUUGGAAAAACUUUAUCCAAGGAGGUGCUGAUGGUGGUUUCCAGACCGUGGACUUUCAAUUGGCGGUAGAAGUGAAUCGUUUGAAGCUCAAGAACAUCUUUGAGGAUCUUCCAUUAAUAGAAUAUCUCAGCUUGGAAGGCACCCAUGAGGAUCAUUGAGUCCAACUCCCUGCUCCUCGCAGGACUACCUAAAACUAAACGAUAUGACUAAAAGCGUCGUCCAGAUGCUCCUUGAACUCUGACAGGCUUGGUGCCAUGACCACUUCCGUGGGGAGGCUGUUCUGGUGACCGACCACCCUCUCAGUGAAGAACCUUUUCCUAAUGUCCAAGCUGAAUUUCCCCUGACACAGCUUCAUUCCAUUUCCUCCUGUUGUACGGUUUGGUGUACUACUUACAUAGAACUUGUUUAGCAUAACUUGCUUAGCAUUAGUAGCUAAAUUUGCUGAAGCCUUAGGCCGCAAGCUGUGAACUUUCAGCUAGAUAUGUUGAACUUUUACCUAGUCAAGUAAAAGAAGGCUCCGGAGCUGGUUCAAGGCAGAAUAUAAGGAAGCUACAUUCAUUAACAAAAGCUGGAACCUUAGAGAUAAGAAAACAAACGGCCUGCCUAGACCCAA